UUGACGACGCAGAAGCUUUUUCGAUUAAUUUAAGUAAAUAUUUUUAUUGAUAUUAAAAAAUGACAGACUGGAACAGCAAAAAAAUCCUCUUGGUUGGCGAGACAGUUUUGGAUAUCAUUCAAAUUGUUUCCGAAUAUCCCAAAGAAGAUGACGACAUAAGAUCGAAUCACGGAUGGUGGCAACGCGGCGGAAACGCGAGCAACAACGCGACAGUCCUGAGUUUAUUGGGCGAAAAAUGUGAAAUUUUAUCGAAUUUCAGUUCCUCGGAAAUGUUCAAAUUUGUCGUUGCGGAUUUAACAAAUCGCGGAAUUGAUCACAAAAAUUGCCUUUAUUUCGACGAUUGUGAAGUGCCGCUUUCGACAAUUUGGAUUAGUGAAGCGAACGGAAGUCGAACCAUCGUUCAUUCUAAUCCGAAUUUGCCGCAUGUGAAUUUCGAGACGUUCGACAAGUGCGACUUGGAUGAGUACAAAUGGAUCCAUUUUGAGGUAGGAUGGGGUCGAACUCCCCUUGAAUUCCGUAAAAUGAUGGAAAAAACUCGAAAAUUCAACUCACGCAUCAAAAUUUCCGUCGAAUUGGAGAAAUUACGAGGAGAUGACUUGAAACUCGUGGAAAAUGCGGAUUUUGUCUUUUUAGGAAAAACUUUUGCCAAAUUCAUCGGGUGUGAAAAAAAGGAAGAAGCUGUUUAUAAAUUGAAAGAAUUAGCGGGAGACAAAAAUAAUUUUACCGUAAUUUGUCCUUGGGAGACGGAAGGCGUUGCAGUUUUGGAUCAAGAAAAUAAUUUUUACUCGUGUGAGGCUUUUAAGGCGGAAAAAGUGCGGGAUACGUUGGGAGCGGGAGACACUUUUUGUGCAGCGACAAUUUUUGCGUUGAAUCAAGGGAGAAAUGUGCAAAAAGCAAUCGAGUUUGGAAGUACGAUUGCCGGAUUAAAAGUUGGAUUUUAUGGAUACGAUGGAAUUAAAGAUGCUUGCAAGAAGUUUUUAUGAAAAAAAAAUUUUUUUUGUUGUUAUAAGAGAUUUUUUGAUUUUUUUUAAAUAAUUUAUUAAAGAAAUUUUUUAA